UUUGCUGCCAGCGGUAUGAGCUUUGGCCGCCAUUUUACAACAGCUCCACUUGCAGGGACACAGGGAGCAGCGAGCACGCAACCCGAUCCCCUGGGACAGGAUUCCUUGGCCAUAGCCCAAAGGGGAGGGCUAGUUGCACAUAGUGAUUUAGAUGAAAGAGCUAUUGAAGCUUUGAAAGAAUUCAAUGAAGACGGUGCAUUGGCAAUUUUUCAGCAGUUUAAUGACAGUGAUCUCUCUCAUGUUCAGAACAAAAGUGCCUUUUUAUGUGGAGUCAUGAAGACUUACAGGCAGAGAGAAAAACAGGGGACCAAAGUAGCGGACUCUAGUAAAGGACCAGAUGAGGCAAAAAUUAAAGCACUCUUGGGAAGAACAGGCUACACACUUGAUGUGACCACUGGACAGAGGAAGUAUGGGGGACCGCCUCCAGAUUCUGUUUAUUCAGGUCAGCAGCCUUCUGUUGGCAUUGAGAUAUUUGUGGGGAAGAUCCCAAGUGAUCUAUUUGAGGAUGUGCUUGUUCCUUUAUUUGAGAAAGCUGGACCUAUUUGGGAUCUUCGUCUUAUGAUGGAUCCACUCACUGGUCUCAAUAGAGGUUAUGCAUUUGUCACUAUUUGUACAAAAAAAGCAGCUCAGGAGGCUUUUAAACUGUAUAAUAAUCAUGAAAUUCGUUCUGGAAAACAUAUUGGUGUCUGCAUCUCGGUUGCCAACAAUAGGCUUUUUGUGGGCUCUAUUCCUAAGAGUAAAACCAAGGAACAGCUUCUUGAAGAAUUUAGCAAAGUAACAGAGGGUCUUACAGACGUCAUUUUAUACCACCAACCAGAUGACAAGAAAAAAAAAAACAGAGGCUUUUGCUUUCUUGAAUAUGAAGAUCAUAAAACAGCUGCCCAGGCAAGGUGUAGGCUAAUUAGUGGUAAAGUCAAGGUCUGGAAAAAUGUUGGAACUGUUGAAUGGGCUGAUCCUAUAGAAGAUCCUGAUCCUGAGGUUAUGGCAAAGGUGAAGGUACUUUUUGUAUGUAACCUUGCCAAUACUGUAACAGAAGAGAUUUUAGAAAAGGCAUUUAGUCAGUUUGGAAAACUGGAACGAAUAAGGAAACUGAAAGAUUAUGCAUUCAUUCAUUUUGAUGAACGAGAUGGUGCAGUUAAGGCUAUGGAAGAAAUGAAUGUCAAAGACUUGGAGGGAGAAAACAUUGAAAUUGUUUUUGCUAAGCCACCAGAUCAGAAAAGGAAAGAAAGAAAAGCUCAGAGGCAAGCAGAUCAGAUGUAUGAUGAUUACUGCUAUUAUGGUCCAAUUCAUAUGCCCCCUCCAACAAGAGGUAGAGGGCGUGGAGGUAGAGGUGGUUAUGGAUAUCCUCCAGAUUAUUAUGGAUAUGAAGAUUAUUAUGAUUAUUUUGGCUAUGAUUACCAUAACUAUCAUGGUGGAUAUGAAGAUCCAUACUAUGGUUAUGAAGAUUUUCAAGUUGGAGCUAGAGGAAGGGGUGGUAGAGGAGUAAGGGGUGCUACUCCAUCUAGAGGUCAUGGGGCUGCUCCUCCCUGUGGUAGAGCCGGUUAUUCACAGAAAGGAGGUCCUGGAUCAGCAAGAGGCAUUGGUGGUGUGAGAGGAGGUGUCCAACAACAAAGAGACCACGGGCAGGGAAAAGGGGUCGAGGCCUGUCCUGACCUGUUACAAUGAAGACUGACUUGCUAUGUGGGAUUACACCAGAAGCUUGCAGUGGAGUAAUGGUAAGGAAAUCAAGCAACCUUAAAUAUCUCAGCUGUAUAGGAGCAUAUUCUAUUGCAGAAGACCUUCCUAUGAAGAUCAUGGAAUCAAAUACGGGACAUUGAACUAAUACUUGGACUUUGAUAUGAAUUUCUUUAACAAUUUUCUAUGCAGUGCAAGUUAUUAAACUAAAGCUACUCUAUUUUCCAAAUGUGUUCCAACAGAAAUCCUUCAUAACUUCUAGCAUGAUCGCUUA